CGUCAUGGAAAAGAUGGAGCAUAUUUGGGUUGGCGUUCAGGUGAAGAAACCUCCUAAGGGAGAGAAGGUGAAGAGGACCGGAAGCCGAAGAGGAGGAUUGGAUGCAUUACAUGUCCCUCAUCCGCCCUACAUCCAACCACCCCUGCCCUUCUACUGCAUUCCCAGCACGCCGCCGCUAUACAUCCUCUUAUUGACGAUUGCCAGCAUUUGUUUUCGUCGAAGGAUACGGGACCAAACAACUUCAAGACCCGGGACUGGGUGUUAUACAGGCAAGCAAUGUGCUGUCACACACGCAAGCUGGUUGAAAUUGCCAAUAUCUUUCCAGUCACACAAGUUUCACAUUGCUAGCCGCAAAAAAGGUAGACUUAGCAUCAGCGACUCGGCCGUCAGCUGA